AUCUCUCAGAAUAGGCGACGCCCCUUCCUUCCUGGUGACGUCAGAUUUAGUUUCUAGGCAACGGGACGCCAACCACCCCGGGCCUCUUGGGGAUCCUCUUUGCAAUCUCCUCCCGGCCCUGCUCUGACCCGGCGCCAUGUCCCUUCCGCAGCUGCCGGGGUACAACUUGAACAAGAACCUUGGGAAAGAAAAGUUCCAUAAAUCUCAGCACUGGGGCUUUUGCAACUCUAUUGGUAUGCUAACAAAUGAAGAUAAGCCUGGAAUAGGUGGUGAACCUCUGGAUGGACGCUGUCAAAAAUCCAAAUUUAGCAUUUAUCCUCGAGGAAUAGGGAGUGAAGUACCAUCGUGGGUAGCAUUUGACAAACAGGUAUUAUGUUUUGAUGCCUAUUUUGAAGAUGAAGUACCAGAUAAAGAUAAAGAAUUAUAUAGAAUAAGACAUUGUAAAAUCUACUUCUACCUUGAAGAUGACACAAUUCAAGUACUUGAGCCACAGCUGAAAAAUAGUGGAAUGCCACAAGGAACUUUUCUCCGACGUCAUCGGAUUCCACUCCCACCACCUAAUGAGGAUAAAUUUUAUACAAUACAGGAUUUCAAUGUUAACAUAGACAUUGUCCUUUAUUCCCGAGUGUUCAAGAUUUAUGACUGUGAUCCGUUCACAAGAAAUUUUCUGAGGAAAAUGGGUAUCGCGGUAAAUCCCCCAGGAACUUGUCCAGAUGAUCCUUAUAUGAAAGAGCGGAAAAAGACUUUAGACCGAAUGAACCCCCUCCGUCCUUAUGAACGCUUUGAUACCCUGAGACAAUUUCUGGAGCAUGAUGGUCAUGUUUUGCGUUUUUACUGCUUGUGGGAUGACUCAGAAUCAAUGUUUGGUGACCCCAGAGAACUUGUUCUUCAUUACUUUUUAUCUGAUGAUACCAUUGAAGUUAAAGAAGUGAUACCUGCCAACUCAGGCAGGGAUGCUAUUUCAUUGUUCCUUAAUAGAAGAAAGCUACCUAAGUUUGCUCCAACUGGAGUGUAUAAUCCUGGCCAAAUAACAGAUCGAACAAUUCUUAAUGUUUUUGGAGGAUUAGUAGGAAAUCGAGGCCGCUAUCUACUGGAUAAUUGUAAGACAGGAGCAUUGGAUCAGGAAUUUUAUAAAGACAAAGACCUGAAAAUCGGUGCAGUAAUUAAUAUUUGGGGGAGAAAAGUACUUCUUUGUGAUUGUGAUGAAUUUACAAAGCAAUAUUAUAAGACAAAGUAUGGAAUUGUGGACUUCACUCCAAUUCCUUACAAGAAUCCCCCUCUUCCAAAAGUUGAAAGGAUAUUUCCACCCUACCAUGGAUAUGGCUCUGAAGAAGAUUCUCUGUGUUCCUGCUUAGGACUUAUGCCCAAACCACCGCAGAAAGAUUUCAAGAAAUUUAUGGAAAAAGAUAGUUUUGGUCUUGAGAGUCAUGUGCUUCGGUUUCUUGCAAAACUUGACACAGAAGAUUGUAUUGAUAAGGAUCGGAGAUUCAUCAUUUCGUAUUAUCUCAGUGAUGAUACCCUUUCAGUGUAUGAGCUUCGAAUGAGAAACUCAGGGAUACUUGGUGGGAAAUUCUUGGAAAGAGAUCGUGUUAAGAAACCUGGACAGUUACUUUUUAAGAGUGAGCCUUCUGAAUUCUUCAAGGCUUGGGAUCUGUUUGUUGGUGCCCAUGUUUGCUUCAAUGGUCACAACUUUAUUUUGUUGAACUGUGAUGAAUAUGCAUUCUCCUACAUGGAACAGCAUGCAAAUGAGUUUCCUAUGAGCAACAUUGAGCUUAUCCUAAAAAAGUUGAAAGCUAUUGGGAGCCCUAGUGCCAGAGACAUCAAGCUGGUCUUUGCAGCCACUGAUCCUAAGCACACAAAAGUGCUGGAUUAUGAAACAUUCAGAGAAGUAAUGUUGAAUAUAACAAAUGACAGACUCACAGAGCAUGAGAUUAUGACAGUUGCACGCUACUACAGUGUGAGAGAAGAUUCUGAUUCUGAUAUGACUUUCCUUAUUGCACUGGCCCAAGAACAGUUGAAAAAAUAUAACUUUGAGAUUUUUGACAAAGUGACUGAUAUGUGUACAUACAAGGAUCAGGCCAAAACUGGAUUAUUGCCUAGUCCAGCUAUCAGGAUUCUCUGCAAAUCUUUUAGGAUGCCUCUGCCAGAUGAUCUUCUGAGAGCAUUACUAUCCAAGUUUGAAAACAGCCAGGAACAAAUCAACUAUCAGCGAUUUUUCAGUGCCAUAAACUGGAGAGUCAACAUGGUUCCUCCUUUCCAGGAUAUACCCUAUUCAAAAAAUGAAGAUUCCUGGAAUUAUGUUGCUCCUCCUCUUCCAGUGAAAUCCGUCAGAUAUUUGCCACUCCUGGAGGAUGUAUUUGGCCUUGAAGAUGAAUCAUGAUGUCAGUAUAGAUUACUUGCUUUAAAAUUAGUGUUUUUGUUUCAUCAGGGUUACCUGGAUGGUAACAAUUUCCUUUACAAUUAGAAAACAUAUUAUCUUGAACUUAAAUUCUGAAUUCUAUUAUAAAAGUAUAGUUAAUCUAUUUUUAUCAUUUCUGAACUUUAAGAUGUUAUGUUUCUGUAAACUAGAACUAAUAAAAGCAUCAUUUAAAGACAUCCUAAUAA